AUGGCACGAACAGAGGUUCAAAGAUGUCUGGACUGGUUGUUUCAGCAGCAGCAAGAACUAGAAAGUGCCUCUUUUGGGCGAGGUAAACUCAGCGUCCUUGAGGCCUUGGCAAUCCAGCAUUCAAAGGUCAAGGACAUCGUAAAGUCAGAGAAACUUGAUAGCAAGUCUGUGAAUGAACUGAAUGGCAUAUAUGACUCAGUGAAGGCUCUUUCAGAUCAAAGGAAAUCUUGCCUGGAAGUCAUCAACCAGAUUGCUUCACUGGAAGACCAUAUCCAGAAUUUGUCUGCUGAGAUUGAUGCCAGAUCUGUUUCCCUGGUCAGUACAAGUGAUGUCACCAAAAACAAGGGAGGCUACUCUCAGGCAAAUGAAAGUUUUGCAAAGACAUCACAGGGAUGUAUCUCAUCUGUGAGGCAAAACUGGAGGUACAUCUUUCAGCUGGCACAGUGUUCAGAAGUACAUCUAAGAAAUGCAGCUGCAUAUCAAGAGUUUUUCCAAGAAGCAGAAGAAGCUGAAUACUGGAUGAACGCCACCCUUCCAGGAAUUCAUCAGUCAAUAGAUAGGUCAAAGAUUUCAGGCAGCAGAUCAGAUGUCGAGUCAUUUCUUCAGGAAACCACUGAUACCCUGGCAGCAUAUCUGAAGUGGCAGACAAAAAUUGAUUACCUGUUUGACAAAGCUAGACAGGUUGUCCCAGUCCCACUGCGUGUGAAAUCUAUUCCAAGCCCUAGACCUGUCAUAGCACUGACCAACUUCAAGACUAGUGAGAUUGAAUUUAUUGAAGGGGAAACUCUGACUCUUCUGGAUAAUUCUGACAAGAAAAAGUGGAAGACAGAGACAGGGCAGAUCGGCUUUGUCCCAGCAGUCAUCAUUCUUAUUACAGGACCUUCAACUGAUGCCUUUGAUAUUGCUGUUAGACUGAGACUUCAGCUUCUGGCUCUGUGGACCUCAAGUGUCAAAUAUCUAGGGUGUUACCUGAUUGCUUUGAUGUUGCUGAUUUUCAGGGACUGGACUGAAGAAGAGGCCAAGCUCCUGCAGGCUAUGGAGGAUUCAGACAAGCAAGAACUCCUUAGGAUUCUUUUGUUCAUUGAAGAAUCUCUUUCUAAGACUUGGAGUGACUAUGAUGAUUUCAAAGAAUUGCAAGAAAGGAUAGCCCGACUAAGGAAGAUUUUAGGAGCAGCUUCAGGUAAAGACAGUGGGAGUGGCAACAGCCUGUCUACAAGUUUGAUUACUCAAGUGAAGCUACUUGAAAGUCUUCUGAUCAAAUACAAGGACUUCUGGGCUUUCUGGGAAGCAUUCAAGUGUAUAGCUGAGAUGUUGAAACAACCAAAGUUUUUGUUAGUCUGUGAUAAAUGGGACCAACUCAAGUUUGUUACUUCUGCACACUUUGUGAAAUUCUGGGACACACAGUUAGACCUGGAACAGAAUAAAAUCACCAAAUCUGAUGCUUCCCUGGUCCUGCAAGAAGCAGCCAAUGAGGACUUGGUCAACAGUGAAGUGACCAUUGAAGAAAAAACAGAAGAGACAACAACAGACACUGUGACUUCAACUCUGGAAGAGGAACAGCACACAUUUAUCAUCAAGGGUGUCCUUGAUCCUCGUGAUAACAGCACUCAGCUGACCUUGGAGCAGGCAGUGUCCCUUGGCAUUGUGGAUGAAACUCAUAAGCUUUAUGUAAAUCCCAAGACAGGAAAGGCUAUGUCCAUGUCAGAUGCAAUGAAUGAGGGACGUGUUCUUGUGGAGUUUGUCAGCAGAAAGAAAAUUAGGGAGGAAAAGAACUCAUAUGGACUUAUAACAAUUACAAUUACAAAGGAAACUAAGCCAUUCACAAUCAUUGGUGUCAUCGACCCAGUGACAGAUGAGAGACUCACUGUGUCACAGGCAACUGCCAAAAAUAUUCUCAACAUCAACAACUCCACCUUCAGGACAGAGAGUGGUGAGCUGAUCACUAUUGCUGAUGCCAUCCAUUCAGCCUUAGUGUUGGUUGAAUAUCAGGAUGGAGAUCAGAAGCCAGAGGUGAUCACCAAGGCGAAUGCUGUUCAUGGAGAUCAGAAGCCAGAGGUGAUUACCAAGACGUAUGCUGUUCAUGGAGUUGUAGACCAGAAGAAGAAACAGAAGGUGUCAUUUGCUGAUGCUCUGCGAGAUGGGCUACUAGAGCGUGACUCCGGUGAAUAUGUCAACAACAUCACAGGGGAACAUGUGGCUGUACAUGAGGCUAUCCUCAGAGGAUUCAUUAAAGCCAGAGUGGUCUCAGACCCAAGCAAACUUGACAUCAAUCCAGAAAAUUCAAUAGUUGUAGAAAAACUCUCAAGUGCGAAAACCAAACUUCUGAAAUCUGUGAAGGCAAUUAAAGCAUUUAAAGAAGAUGAAGGCUGA